CAGAAUAAAGGACGAAAUUUUCGGCGUAGAACACAGCCUCAUAUCCUCCUCAGUGUGGCACCAAGACCUCAUCGACGCCCUCGACUCCUACCCCACGCUUCUCGCGCGCCCCUCUCCCCACGCCUCCCCCCAACCGUGCAGCGCCUGCAACCGCACCAUCCGCGCGGAAGUGACGACCAUCACCUUGGACGGGCGCCCCUACGACUCCAAAGCGUUCUGGGCGGGACGCUGGGAAAAACCCCAAAACCAGCCCCCCUCCUCCCUGUCGCUGGUCAUGGGCAAGCAGUGCCAAACGAGGACCAAGCUGUACCACCAACUGCAACACUUCCAACUAACUCUCGUCAACAAAAUCAAACCAGCUGUCAAAAAAUUGCAAAACCAAGACAGCUGCGAAAAACUCAACUCCAUUCUCAACAACGCGCCGUGGAUCCAGCAGUGCUACCUGUCCUUCGACGCCCUUCUCUCCAAAGCGACCGAGUUCGGCCUGAAAAGCAAAUCCGACGACUGAACGCGCUGUCAAAGCUCACACGUUCAGGCCAAAAAAAAAAUCAUAAAAACCUCAACCAACCAAACAUACACAUGUCUACACAUUCACCAAUCGAACGACGCACCCUGGGCAAAACCGGCGUCUCUCUCCCCAUCAUCGGGUUCGGCGCAAGUCCUCUCGGCGGCAUAUACGGGCACGUCCGCGAACAAGAUGGCAUCGACGCCGUCAAACACGCUAUCCAACACGGCAUCAACUACUUCGACACGAGCCCCUACUACGGAAACCUGAAAUCCGAAAUCCUGCUCGGCAAGGCCCUUCAGGGCGUCCCGCGAGACCACCUCAUCGUCUCCACGAAAGUUGGACGCUACGGCGAUGACCAUUUCGACUAUUCUGCCAAAACGGUACAAAAAAGCAUAACCGAAAGUCUCGAGCGCCUCGGACUCGAUUACAUCGACCUGUGCACCUGUCACGACAUCGAGUACUCCUCCAUCGAUCAAGUCGUCAACGAAACAAUCCCAACUCUAAAACUGCUACAGCGAGAAGGAAAAAUCCGGCACAUCGGCGUUUCAGCCUUUCCUCUGCGCGCGCUUCGCCUCGCUCUCGAAAAGUCCAACGACAUAGAAUACGUUAUGUCCUACGCGCGAUACACCCUGUUCAACACGACUCUCGAAGACUUCUGGCGCGACGUCGCCGAAAAAACUCAAAUCGGCGUCAUCAAUGCGUCUCCACUCUCCAUGGGCCUUCUGUCCCCCUCCGGACCACCAGACUGGCAUCCAGCAGGCAAAAACAUCAAAGAAACUUGCUCUCGCGUUGCCGAAUUCUGUCGAGCCAAGAAUUUAGAUCUGGCCAAACUGGCCCUUCAAUUCUCCUCUUCGGCCCCCUUCGCAUCUUGUACACUCGUUGGCAUGCUGUCCACCGACCAAGUCCAGAAAAACCUAGAGGCCAUAUCUCAACUCAGCUCGUCUGCAGAACAGCUCCGCGCCGACCUGCAACCUAUACUUGAACAAUUCCGUCCAAUCAAAAACCAAGCCUGGGCUUCUGGCAAGCCAGAAUAUAACGACUCGACCCCAUAAAAAAGCCCCCUUUUCUGUGACAUCCUUUUUUUUUUUUACGUCAGCGAGUCCGUAGGAGCCGUCUCCGGAAUCUCCCCAAACGUAAAAAAAGCACUCUGAUAGGCGCGCUUCUCUUGGUCCGAAGGAACGCCGCCCCUCGUCAGCUGACCAUAAAUGCCAUACACAUUUUUACUGUCGGCUUGCUGCUCCUCGUUGACUGACGAAACCUUCGGACCCAACCGGUCUAACCUGGGCCUCACAAACUCGUUGCAAGCCAUGGGCGCCGAUCCAGCCGCCUGCCACACCAACUCAGGACGAACCGCCUCACUCCUCUCUUUCCUAGACCCCGCAAAGUCAUCUCGGCAAUUCGCCGAGCUACGGGGAACCACGCCAUGCCAAUUCCCAGAUGCAGCUCUUCCUCGAUGCUUAGAUCUGCGCGUCUGUCGAUCAACCGAACCCUGGUCGGCAAAACCCUGUCGGACUUCUCGACCCUGUCUCAACACUUCAACUUCGUUCACCUCUGCGCCCUUCCCCACCUCAGAACCCCUUCCCUCCCAUUCCCGUCGCCCGGAAGAAGGCAUAUCGGACCUCUGCUGCUUCGCUGCGCCAGAUCUGGACCUCGCGGACCCUUCAGCUGUACCCUUAUGUUGCUGUCGAACAAAACGCGACACGUCCUCUGUCUGCCAACCAAGCCCCGUAUUUGGCGUAGGCCUCGUGUGCAGAAAACGACACGGAUUCCUCUGACACACACCUCUCACCCAAAACCAGCAAAUCCUAUCCUGAUCCCCGCUCAUCCUUGAGACGUGCGACCCAUACCCGUGCGCCACUCGCAAAAUUGUGUACUCAACUCUCUUCUUCAAGAAAUUAAAAAAAAAGUGUACCAGAUUUUCUCUUUCUAUCGCCGGCAUCGCGCUCUCCCUCGCGCCAACCGAACCAAGCGGAGAUACCGCGCCCGGCAAGAACCACCAGGACGCCUCUCUCGCGCCGUCGCCAGCCUAGCCCGGACUCCGCGUCCUAGAAGAAGAACAACAACAUUCGUCGCGCCUGGGGAAGACCAAAGGCGCUCUCGCUUUUGUUCGCAAAAAAAAAGAUCGAGAGAACUCACAUCCGUCGGCACCACAGAGCGCAGUCGAGAGAACUCGCCGCCUCGAACACAAGAACGACACGAAUGAGGACAAAAAAAGAACUUUUAUAUAACGCAAAAGGGACGAGGUUUUUGAAGCGGUUAAAGGGGCCAGAAUCAAGUCGUAGAAUGCUUGAUAAAUGCAAAAAAAAAUUCGUGACGUGGAAAUGUAAGCUAUGAGGACGAUGUACGAGACGCCCUUUAAAAAGGUCUUUUCUCAUUCAAUAUCAAAUCCUCUUGUUUCAUGAAUGGCGUAUUUCAGGUUAGACCUCAGUGUCUCUUUUUCAGAGUAUUCGGGGAGGUCCAAUCGGUUGAAGCACGAGUGAGCAGACGGAAGUCCCUGCCUCUUGGACUUGUUGAUGGUGAAAUGCUGCAUGUCAGAGGAUCCAUAGAGAUGUUGGAAUCCGCCAAUCGGGACACGAUCCGUACCAGUUACAAACUGAAGAAGCAGUCUUAGCUCUUUAUGAGUAAAGUUAUAGAUGAUAUCCCACAGCCAUAAUAUGACUGGUGUAUCUGGGGUGUAUCCGCCUUGAUAGUCAGUGUAUUUUCGAAGUUCUCUUGGAUCUAUUUCAGUUGUGCCCUCGAUUAACAAUCUCAAUUCUUGGGGAGUUAAGACCUCGUUUAAAAGAGACUGAGGAAAGAAUUGGCAAAACCCAUUCUUGAUAGCCUCCAUUUGUAUUGACGCUUUACCUAAAUAAUAUUGAACACACAGUUGGACAUAUUCUUCCUUGUUUUCGUCCACAACGGGUAUUUCCGGCCCAUUUUCCUUUAGAGAGACGACUCUGGUCUUCGACCCAAAACCGCCUUCAGAGCCACGAUUCAAGUCUUCGUCGAUGGCGAAACUAAGGUCCAAGUCAGCUACAGAUUCCGUCAUCUCUAGAAUGUAUCGGAGACUAUUAUAUAUCUGCUCAUCGUAUUCUUUGAGAUCCUCAAUAUUGGGUUCCAGGUUCAUCAUGCGCUUGUAAAAGAUGAGCGUGAAGCGCGAACUGAAAAUUUUGCCGUGGUAGGCAGCUAUGCCCAAUACCACACCCACGAAGUAGAAGUGGUCGUAAAAAUCCGGUUUCUCUAUUGAAUUGAUGUCUAUGUCGUAAUAAUAAUCACGAAGGACAAACAAGCCCUGUUUAGGAGACAGAAUUUCUUUACUGAGUUCUAAUAACCACUCACGACUCAUCCCUCCGUAAUCCAGUCCCUUUUCUCCUUCGAAUCGAAUGCUCAGCUGGCGGGUAAAGGUCUUAGCAUUGAGGUUGUAAACAUAGUCAAAGGAAUCCUUGAACAGGUUGUCGCGUCGUACGACAAUAAGCAGUGAACCACGUUCGCUGCAAAGCUUCCUCGCUCUCGCUCUCAAGUGCUGGCAUUUGGAGUAAAAAUUCAGCUCGUAUGGUGGCGGUUUGGACUUUCUCUGACCGUGGC